CCCCUUGCCCUCCCUCACCCCCUCCCCCUCUGCAGAUGGUUCGCUCCGGGCCCCCGGCUAUAUAGCCCCGUCGGCUGGGGGCAUCCCCCCGAGCCUCCCGGCGCGGGGUGAGGGCGGGGCGGCCGCGGGGCUGGGCGGACUCCUCGCCUGCGCUGCCUGCCCGGCGCCGCUGCCCCCCGAGCCCGUCUCUCCCCGGGGGAAGGGCGCGUGCCAUGUCCACGGGCUCGGCCAGCGACGCGGAGGAGCUGCCCGCCAUGGAGCUGCGGGGGCUGCAGCUGGGCUACCCGCCGUCCGCCGCCCAGCGCCAGCCCCGCGGCCCGCUCUACCCCUCGGCGGACCAGUCCUCCGCGGCCGAGGAGGAGGACGAGGAGGAGGAAGAGGAGGACGGCGAGGGGCGCUGCGCGGCGGAGGGGCCGGCCGGGGGCUGCAAGAGGAAGCGGGCCCGGGCGGGCGGCAAGAAGCAGCCGCCGCUGCUGCCCAGAGGCGCGUCGGGCGAGUGCAAGCAGUCGCAGCGCAACGCGGCCAACGCCCGCGAGCGGGCCCGCAUGCGGGUGCUGAGCAAGGCGUUCUCCCGCCUCAAGACCAGCCUGCCCUGGGUGCCGCCCGACACCAAGCUCUCCAAGCUGGACACGCUGCGCCUCGCGUCCAGCUACAUCGCCCACCUCCGGCAGCUGCUGCAGGAGGAUCGCUACGAGAACGGCUACGUGCACCCUGUCAACCUGACUUGGCCAUUUGUGGUUUCCGGACGACCAGAAUCUGACACCAAAGAAGUUUCUACAGCUAACAGACUAUGUGGAACUACAGCUUAGCUGAAGUAAAGCUAACUUUUUGCUGGAUAUUUUUAAGAGCUAUGAUUUAUGGGCACACAGCUAAAGGAUGGUGACUAGAAACCAUCUCUAACAAACGGUGUGAAAUCUUUGUACCCUACCCUUUCUUUCCCUUAUAGUUCUGAGGGUAAAUGCACUUAAAGGGAAGGAAUAAAGAAGGGAGGAGGUGAGAUGGGAAUUUCUCUGAACUGGCUGCAGCAGCUGAAGUCUGGGAUUUGGAAAGGCCUUUCUUUUGCUGCAUCAUUACUACCACUGCCUGAGGACCUGUUGACCUGAGGCUUUUAAAGUAAUGGAAGAGGAUUAUAACAUUAUAGAAUUAACAGCAUGGACCAAAAUCAGACUCUACAAACUAAUCCCAAACAGUGUUAUUUGUAUUCUAAAGCAAAGCAGUAUUCUAGAGUAGUUUUGAUACUCAAAUAGAUUUAUAAUAUAUUUCGAUGGCUUUUGUAUUCAUGAAUCCUAUUUCCUGCAGCUAUGCAAUAAAUAUAGUCAUAUUACUUUUGUCCUUUUAACUAGAUUUUUCUUAAAGACAUUGAAGUAGCAUAAGCAAGGUCCUGCAGUUAGGUUAUGGGCCUUGGAAUUAGGUUAUUGCCCUUUUUUGUGUGUCAAGGUGCCAUAUACAAGAGCAGUGACUAUCCCUAGGACACGUUACUAGAUAGGACAAAGAUCCCAUGUCUUAACCUGGAAGGGAUCCUGCUUACUCUAAAACUGGGGUAUAUGUGUUGUAAGGAAUGUAUUUGUAUCAAGCUAUAGAAGAUCAGGAAUUUUAAAAUAUUUUUAACAGUCUGUCCUGUCAUAUUAUGCUCAUCUAUGAAGGAUACUAACCCUAAUGUGUAUUCUAGUGACAUUUCUUCAUCCAGUAAAGUGUUGUAAUGAGGACGCCAUCAAAUGAGUUGCAAAUGUAAAUAACUUUAUUUUUUUAUAAAGGAUAUUAAAAGCUUUGUUACAACAA